CUCUUCCUUGGCCAAUGGGAGCCGGAGCACUUUUCCAUCAAACCUCCCUUUUCAGGAUUUGCCGAGAGGCGAACUUCUCCAAAUGUUACCGCUACGGGAUCGGAGUUAGACUUGACACGGACGGACUCAGACUGUUAGGCUUUCCAACUAUUACUACUACUAUCACUGCUCCGGCUCCUCUCUGAGACGCAGUUUCACCAACUCUCGGGACGAAUGAAGACUGAAGGAUCUAUACGGAUUUCGGCGCAUAAUGUCGGGAUGGAGUUUCGAGACUUGUUUGGCUCCGUGGAAGAGUAGAAAAGCGAGUUUGUCGCCGGUGGUGCUGGAUGCGCUCCACGUCUAUGUCGGAUUACUGCCUUCACUGAACGUCGAGCAUCGAUUCCCCUUCGCGUCGCUCCGCGCCCCGACCACUCUCUUUGGACUAUGGCCUCGGAUCGCGGGGUCCCAGGGUCCGGCGUUUUUGGAGAUUUACCCCCGAGUUAUGCGCGCUCUCAGCCGCCUGCGCACCCAGACCUGCAGCGGAGACCCAGCUACUGCCAUGCCGCUUUCGCACUUAAACAGAUCUCAAAGGGAAAGGCAGUAGGUCAGAAAGCUCCUCUGUGGAUCCGGGCGAGGUUCCAGGCCUUCCUGUUCUCUCUGGGCUGCCACAUCCAGAGGCACUGCGGGAAGGUGCUCUUUAUUGGACUCUUGGUGUUCGGGGCUCUGUCUGUGGGACUCCGGGUGGCAGCCAUCGAAACCAACAUCGAGCAGCUCUGGGUGGAAGCUGGCAGUCGGGUGAGCACAGAGCUUCGCUACACCAGAGAGAAGCAGGGAGAGGAGUCGGUGUUUACCUCGCAGAUGCUUAUCCAGACACCCAAAGAAGAGGGCACGAAUAUUUUGACGCAGGAGGCUUUGCUGGUUCACAUGGAGGCCGCACUGUCAGCCAGCAAGGUGCAGGUGUCGCUGUUUGGAAAAUCGUGGGAUCUCAAUAAAAUAUGCUACAAAUCAGGAGUUCCUAUUAUAGAAAAUGUCAUGAUUGAAAGGAUGAUUGACAAGCUAUUCCCAUGUAUGAUAAUCACUCCAUUGGACUGUUUCUGGGAAGGGGCCAAACUACAAGGAGGUUCUGCCUACUUACCGGGCAUGCCAGAUAUCCAGUGGAUGAAUUUAGAUCCUGUCAAGCUGAUGGAAGAACUGGGCCAGUACACAUCCCUGGAAGGUUUUAAAGAGAUGCUGGACAAAGCCCAGGUGGGACACGCCUAUAUGGACAGGCCAUGCCUGGACACAUCAGACCCAGACUGCCCUCUCAGUGCCCCCAAUAAGGAACAGGAAGAAAGUCCAGACAUUGCCGGCCGUCUCCAGGGUGGAUGCCACGGCUUCAGUCAGAAGUUCAUGCACUGGCAGGAGGAGCUCAUCCUGGGAGGGCGUGUCAAAAGCAGCCAGGAUGCCCUGCUAAGUGCGGAGGCUCUCCAAUCCAUGUUCCUGUUGAUGAGUCCCAAGCAGCUCUAUGAACACUUCAAGGACGACUAUGAGAUCCACGACAUCAACUGGAAUGAGGAAAAGGCCACCGCCAUCCUCGAGUCCUGGCAGAGGAAAUUUGUGGAGGUCGUCCACCAGAGUAUUCCUGGUAAUUCCAGUCAGUCUAUCCAUGCCUUCUCCACAACUACCCUCAACGACAUCAUGAAGUCCUUCUCCGACGUCAGUGUCAUCAGAGUCGCUGGAGGAUACUUGCUCAUGUUGGCCUACGCCUGUGUGACGAUGCUCAGAUGGGACUGUGCCAAGUCGCAGGGGGCUGUUGGACUGGCGGGGGUGCUGCUGGUAGCGCUGUCAGUGGCAGCAGGACUGGGACUCUGCUCUCUACUUGGCCUCUCUUUCAAUGCUGCUACUACACAGGUGCUUCCCUUCCUGGCACUGGGGAUCGGUGUAGAUGACAUGUUUCUGUUGGCCCACUCCUUCACGGAGGCAGGAAGUAAUAUCCCCUUUAAGGAGCGGACAGGAGACUGCUUGCGUCGCACCGGCACAAGUGUGGCUCUGACUUCCUUAAACAACAUGAUUGCGUUCUUCAUGGCUGCCCUGGUGCCCAUCCCAGCCUUGCGGGCAUUCUCUCUGCAGGCAGCCAUUGUGGUGGUAUUUAAUUUUGCCAUGGUGCUGCUCAUCUUCCCUGCCAUCCUCAGCUUGGACCUCCACCGGCGCGAGGACAAACGCUUGGACAUCCUCUGCUGCCUGUACAGCCCGUGCGCUGAUCGUGUCAUUCACCUCUCGCCGAACGAGCUGUCAGAAGCUGGCGAGCAGUCUCAGGCGCCCGGUGCGGGGACAGCGCAUACGCACCAGUAUGCCGCAGGACCGACAAUCACCACCAGCACCCAGAUCACCACGACAGUGCAAGCUUUUACGCAGUGCGACGCAGCGGGUCAGCAUAUUGUCACAAUUCUGCCACCAACUUCACAGAUCUCCACAAGCUCUCCCUCCAUCAUUGUCUGUCCCACCACACAGACUCAGGGUACGCAAAUCCUUUGGAAUCAUAAUAUCGAAAAGGAUCAGUUAAAUUUAAUACAAAGCACUCUAACAUUUGAUUUCUAUAUAUUAUUCUCCCUAGCUGCAUCACCUUCCCCAACCACCACCUCUGUGCCAGACCACUAUGGCUCCCAGCUCUUCACCCCGACCUCCAGCUCCACCCGAGACCUCCUAGCCCAGGUGGAAGACUCCAAGUCGGGGAAGGAGUGCGUUCCACUCCCCUUCCUCCACUGGAACCUGUCCAAGUUUGCCCGGGAAAAGUAUGCCCCCCUGCUCCUGAAGCCCAAGAGCAAAGUCGCAGUGGUGGUUCUCUUCCUGGGACUUCUCAGCCUCGGGCUGUACGGGACCACCAUGGUGCAUGACGGCCUCUACCUGACCGACAUCGUGCCCCGUGACACCAAGGAGUAUGACUUCAUCGAUGCACAGUUCAAGUACUUCUCCUUCUACAACAUGUACUUAGUUACGAUGGAUGGAUUUGACUACGCCCGAUCUCAGAGGCUGCUGAUUCAGCUACACAACGCCUUCAACUCUGUCAAAUACGUAGUCAGAGACGGCGACAACAAGCUGCCCCGCAUGUGGCUGCACUACUUCCAGGACUGGCUGAACGGUCUCCAGGCUGCUUUUGAUGCUGACUGGCAGGCAGGCCGGAUUACAGCGGACAGCUACAGGAACGGCACAGAAGAUGGAGCUCUGGCGUACAAGCUGCUCAUCCAGACAGGCUCCAAGAAAGAGCCUUUCAACCGCAGCCAGCUGACUUCUCGCCGGCUGGUGGAUGGUGAGGGUUUGAUCCCCCCAGAGGUGUUUUACAUUUACCUGACCGUGUGGGUCAGUAAUGAUCCCCUGGGCUAUGCCGCAUCCCAGGCCAACUUCUAUCCUCACCCCAGAGAGUGGAUUCAUGACAAGUAUGACACCACCGGAGAAAAUCUGCGCAUCCCCUCAGCGGAACCCCUGGAGUUUGCUCAGUUUCCCUUCUACCUGAACGGCCUUCGGCAGGCUAGUGACUUCGUGGAGGCCAUCGAGAGCGUGCGUGCCAUUUGUGAUGAGUUCAGUCGCAAGGGCGUGCUCAACUACCCUAACGGUUACCCCUUCCUGUUCUGGGAACAGUACAUCGGCCUCCGUCACUGGUUCCUGCUGUCAAUUAGCGUUGUGCUGGCCUGUACCUUCCUGGUAUGCGCCAUUCUCCUGCUCAACCCCUGGACAGCUGGCAUCAUUGUGUUUAUCUUGGCCAUGAUGACGGUGGAGUUGUUUGGCAUCAUGGGCCUGAUUGGCAUCAAGCUCAGUGCCAUUCCUGUGGUCAUCCUGAUCGCAUCGGUGGGCAUCGGCGUGGAGUUUACGGUUCACAUUGCCCUGGGCUUCCUGACAGCGAUUGGCAACAGAAACAAGCGCUCCGCGGUGGCACUGGAACACAUGUUCGCCCCAGUGGUUGAUGGUGCAAUCUCCACGUUGCUGGGUGUUCUCAUGCUGGCGGGAUCAGAGUUUGACUUCAUUAUGAGGUAUUUCUUCGCAGUCCUUGCCAUUCUGACUGUUUUGGGGAUACUGAAUGGCUUAGUUCUCCUCCCAGUCCUCCUCUCCAUGCUGGGCCCUCCAGCUGAAGUCACCCCAGUUGACAAUGCCGGCUGCCUGCCGACACCUUCUCCCGAACCUCCGCUGCCUCCUCCAAUGGCCCACCAUGGAUACUUCACAGCCCACAACCAUCCACGCUCGCCACGGCAGCAAGCGUUUUCGGAGUCGUCAGAUUCUGAAUACUACUCCGAAGUGACGACGACCUCUGGGAUCGGGGAGGAGGACUAUAAGUACUGUGACAGGAGCGCGUACCAAGCGUCACACACGACAGCUCCUUCCACGACGUCUCACAUCCUGGUGGAAGCCAGCAAGAACCCAAGCUUCCCCAAACUAACGGUGCUGAAGCCCUUUAUGGAAAACGCAGUCGGUGGGAGGGUUGAACCGUCAUGUGAAUCCAACCACAAUCUGCAACCGCCUGUCGGCUCCCAGGUAACAUGCUGGGAUGGAAACAAGCGUGAGCAGAAGCGCGAUCUCCAGAGACUGCAGGAUCAGUCGCCUCAACGCUUACCCAGCGACAAAGCUCAAUUCCCUGGGAGGACUUGUCAAAGUGGCCCCAGGCUGCAGAACAGCAGAGGGCCUCAGCCAAACAGGACUAAAAGGCCGAGCUAUGGUCACAGCAACUCUUCCCUGCCAAUGCAACAAGGCCCCGCUGGGGGCCCAGUCACCAUGGUGACUGCUACGGCCUCCGUUACAGUGGCCGUGCACCCGACGUUACCAGGGACCGCUUAUCAAGGCUACAUGCAUGAAGGUUUUGACAUGGACAGCGAGUCAGACUGUUUUGAAGCUGCAACAAGGACUUGUGGCGACAAAGCAAACUAUUCUUCAUGUACCAGAGACUCUCUAGAGCUCCAAGACUUGGAGGUGACACAGGUUCAGACGGAAUAUCAACUCAGCAAGUCAUAAGGUGGGCUGAGGAUCCAGGCAUCUAAAGACUGCUAGAGACUCACUCAUCAUGGCUCUCUCACUUUGAGUCUCUGGACCCCAGAGCACCUCGACCUCCUCACUGUGGCUCAAACUCUUAAUUGUACAUAGACUUCACAUGAAAAAAAAAGCAGAGACGAUUCACAUCAAGAACAUGAAAAAUGAAAUUACUUGUUUUAAGAGUUAUAUAAAUCUAUGAGUAUAUAUAUUUUAAUACUAAAAAGAGGGAAGCUAUUUAAAAGAGUACUGUAUUACUUGGGUAUUCUCUUAUGUAAGAUGUAAAAGAUUAUUUUCAUGUGGGGAUGUGGAUUUGUUUUCCGUCCCACUUUGUAUAGAAUAAGACAUGUUCUAUAUGUUUUCACAAAAAAGUGAGAUUUUAUUAAGGUAUUAGAGUAUUGAACAUACAUGGUCAGUGUUUAUUUCUAUUUGUGUUAUUUUGUUGUUGUUGUUUUUUUUCUUGCUGCUACGUUUCCGAUUUCUUUUCAGGCAAUUUGGCUUGAUAAGUGCAGUCCCCCGACCUAUCCCAUACCCCUUCCCUCCUCUUUUUUUUUCACAGUAUUAUACUAUGAAAUACUUCGUCAUAAACAAUCUGUUGGGUCCAAGUUCUUUGUCGUAGGUUGCAGGGAAUUACACAACAGAUACUGUUUCCUAACAGCAGUAACCAUUGUGCCUUCAGUGUGUCCCCCUUUUUCUCAUUAUCCCAGCAAUUACAGGUCAGUAUUAUGUUUAGGCUCUAAACCUUUUGAAUUAUUUAGCCAUCGUGCUGGAAAGCAACGCUCCUAAUUCCAACUUUGUCUCAACAUCCUCUGCAGUUUUAAUCUACUUGAAGGAGCUCCGAUAACUUAUGUCAAUUUUUUCAGCAGUUUGUGUAAGCUCGUUUAUGGGUUUAGGGGCAGGAUGGGCGUUUUAGUCACUUUGUCGAAAAAGUGUUGUUCGCCUUGUCAAAAAGGGAAUUUUAAAAAUGCAAAGGGAGUUAUUUUUGUUUGAUUCUUCCCCCUUUUUGAGUAGCAACAGUGUCAUGUUGUUUUGACUCUGGACUGGUUUAGUCAGUCUUGGUGCCUCAACUCGUUUCGACUCACUUUCUACUCGUUUUGCUUCCCCUCAGACUGAGAACAAAGCUUCAGUCGUUCAGUAUUGGUCUCGUCACUGCCAGUUUAAACUGCAGGGAUAAACAUGCGGAUCUAUUGUCUUUGUCAUGUUUCAAGUGGCAGCUUCUUCCGUUUUCUUACUUUUUGUAAAUAUGAAAGUUGAGUCGUUUAGCUACUGCUGUUGGGAAUUAUGAAGCAAAGCACCGCUUUCCAGUUCGAGCACACCAUGUCAGAUUCUGAUGAGGGAGGGGGUCGAGAGCAAGGAGCUCUUGCGGUGGUUUGUAGUUUAUUUCAAGAAAAAUGUUAAUGUCAUGCCAUAUAAAUUAUUUAUAUUAAAAUUUAUAUUUUUGUAGUUUGUACAGAUGUUAGUAUCUAGACCGAAGUUCUAUUUUUAAAGAGUAAAUAUAUAUUAAAUAUAAAUAUAUCUAUUUGUUCCUGAGGUUCGUUUUAUUGUUUUGUUUUGUUUGCCUUUUGGGGAAUGGGGAAGGGGAUGACAACACAUUGUGCGAAUGUUUGCGUGUGCAGGUUCAUGUUUGCAUGUGUGUGUGUGCGUGUGCGUGCGUGUGUGUGUGUGAAUCAAAGGGGGCAAUUGGAGGACCAUGAAGGAGAAGUUGUGUAGGAAAAAGUGACAUCGUGUUUUUAAGUUUCCUCUUGGCCCUUUCUUCUUCAUUGUCAUUUUUUUAAGAUGUUCAUGUCCAUGUCUGAAACACUGUGAUUUCUGAAAACUAUGCUCAAGAGAACCCAUAUGUGACCGUUAUGUUCCCUCACCUGCUAUAGAAAUUAAACUAACAAAAUAAAUUGAAUGACAAACUG